AUGGAUCAAAAUACUUCGGCUGGGGGGUCGAUUGAAUCAAAGCGAGAAAAAUUAUCAGGUAAUGAUUCUGACAUUAUUGCCGAAGAACUUCCUCGGGUUGCGCCGAAUCCUCAUGCCGAUAUCCCAAAUGGAGGAGUUGUUGCAUGGCUUCAAGUGGUCGGGAGUUUCUUCUUAUUCUUUAAUUCAUGGGGUAUAGUAAAUAUGUUUGGUGCAUUCCAAACUUUUUAUGAAAAUGGUUUACUAUCUCACGAAUCACCAUCUAAUAUCUCAUGGAUUGGUUCUAUACAAGCUUUUUUGCUCUUACUUGUGGGGGUUUUUACUGGUCCUCUCUUCGAUGCCGGUCUCUUUCGUCCCCUCCUGUGUACUGGGACAUUCAUGGUUGUCUUCGGGAUGAUGAUGACAUCUAUCUCCACAAGCUAUUGGCAAAUUGUGCUUGCACAAGCUAUGUGUAUGGGGAUUGGAUUGGGAUGUCUUUUUGUUCCUAGUGUUGCGAUCGUUUCCACUUAUUUCUCAACACGGAAAGCUUUCGCAACUGGCAUUGCGGCUAGUGGAAGUUCACUUGGUGGCGUACUUUACCCAAUUAUUUUCCAUAAUCUUCAACCUAAAAUCGGCUUUGGUUGGACAACAAGAGCCCUUGGAUUUAUAUUCCUCGCUACUCUUUCUAUCUCCAUCAGCAUAAUGAAGAUGCGUGUGAAGCCAUCGCAAAAGCGAAAGCUGAUAGAUCUGGCCGCAUUCAAAGAACUACCAUACUUACUCUUCACUAUCGGCCUCUUUUUCGGGUUCAUGGGUCUUAAUAUUCCAUUUUACUACAUCUCAUCCUACGCCAUGGAUGAAAAAAUCAUGAAUUCAAACUCGGCAUUCUAUAUGUUGAGUACCAUCAAUGCGGCAUCUAUCUUUGGUCGUAUUAUCCCCAACUACUUUGCCGAUAAAUUCGGACCCUUAAAUAUCAUCAUACCAGGAACACUCAUCGCAAGUGUUGUGGCAUUCGGCUGGACUGGUGUUCAUUCUGUUGGCGGUCUGGUCGUAUUCGCCCUUCUCUAUGGAUUUUCCACAGGGUGUUUCGUAUCAAUUCCACCCACGAUCAUCGUAACACUUAGCCCUCACAUGGGCGUCGUAGGCACGAGAAUGGGUAUGGCUUUUGCAAUUGGUGGAUUGGGUCUUUUGGUCGGUACACCAGUUGCUGGACAGAUCCUCUCGAGUUCCGGAUAUGUUCCUACCAUAGCAUUUUGUGGAGCAUUGCUUAUUGCAACAGUGGCUUUUUUCAUCGCAGCUAGGUUGAGCAAAACUGGGAUGCAUGUUAAGAAGUUCGCUUGA